AUGCGACUCUCUCAUAUCUUCACCCUUACUUCUGUGGCACUCGCUGCCCAAGGCGCGCCUCUAGACGACGCCCCCAACCCUGUCACACGCCAGGCUCCAUGCCCUACCGGCUACAAGCCAGUCCCUGGACUUCCCGGUGUCUGCGUGCCUCUCAACUCCAAGCGGGACACGGAACUCGAGGCUCGCCAAGCUCCAUGCCCUACUGGGUAUAAGCCCGUUCCUGGACUCCCGGGAGUUUGUGUGCCCCUCAACUCUAAGCGUGAUGGCGAAAUGGAAGCUCGCCAAGCUCCUUGCCCAACCGGCUACAAACCAGCUCCUGGACUUCCUGGCGUCUGUGUCCCGCACAACUCUAAGCGAGAUGCCGAAGUCGAGGCUCGCCAAGCACCAUGUCCUGCUGGGUAUAAGCCGGUAGCCGGACUUCCUGGUGUUUGCGUGCCUCAAAACUCUUAG